ACUACGUAUGCCUUAUGUCUAAAUUCAAACAACCCGAUGUGGAACCCUUAAAUGAGCCACUCCCGCGCAAAAUCCCGCGUUUGAAGACUGUCGCUUUUCAAAUAAUCGCAAGCGGGUCAUCCAGUAUUUUUGAGGUGUUUCUUAUGCUGCCACUGGAUGUGGUAAAGACACGACUUCAACUGCAGAGCAAUGCACAGGCAAAAGGACCCAAUCACUAUAGGGGGGUGCUUGAUGCCUUUGCCAAAAUAUAUCGUCAGGAAGGUGCUAACGCAUUUUGGAGAGGCGUCGGCCCUCUACUAGUGUCUGACACGCCGAAACGUGCCAUUAAGUUUGUCAUUUUUGAGCAGUCCAAGCCGUAUUUUCAAUCUGGUUCGGUGCCGAGUCCCGUUAGCUAUGCACUAGCUGGUGGUUUGGGCGGCACCAUUGAGGUGCUGCUACAAAAUCCCUUCGAGGUUGUCAAGGUCAGACAGCAGGCGAAUCGGAAGAAGAAACUCCGUCCCUUGCAUGUCGCGAGGAAUAUCAUUAAUGAAGGCGGCUUUGGUUUCAAUGGGCUUUACAAAGGCGUGACAACGACCAUGGCACGAAACUUCAUUUUUCACGUAAUAUACUUCGGUUUCUUUUGCAGUGUUCGAGAGGCCACGCCCGCUUUUAAUCAUUCCGUUAUGGAGUUUCUGCGCAAUUUUACGAUCGCUUACGCGGCCGGCUCUUUGGGUUGCUUGCUCAGUAUCCCUCUUGACGUGGCAAAGACACGGAUUCAGGGACCACAGCCCGUGCCGGGCGAAAUUAAAUAUGCUUGGACUUAUGGCACGCUUUCGACGGUAUAUAAAGAAGAGGGUGCUCAUGCACUCUACAAGGGCCUCCUGCCGCAGGUUUUGCGUGUUGGCCCAGGCGGAGCCAUACUGCUAUUGGGCUAUGAGUAUGUGACGGAAAUUUUGGUUAAAUAUUUCAAUUAGGGUAUUACACAUUUUAAUGUAAUGUUCAGCUAUUUCUUGGACCUGAAGCAUGAAUAAAAA